AUGGAGAAUACUUCAGAGGUGAAAGAAUUCCUUCUUGUGGGGUUAACAGAUGCCCUAGAGCUUCAGGUUCCUUUAUUUAUAAUCUUCACUCUCAUUUAUUUCAUCACUCUGGCUGGGAACCUUGGGAUCAUUGUAUUAAUUCUGCUGGACUCCCGGCUCCACACUCCCAUGUACUUUUUCCUUAGUAACCUCUCCCUGGUGGACUGUGUCUAUACCUCGGCUGUCACUCCCAAGGUAAUGGUGGGGUUACUCACAGGGGAUAAGAUCAUGUCGUACAAUGCAUGUGCUGCCCAGAUGUUCUUCUUUGCAGCCUUUGUCACUAUUGAGAGUUUCCUCCUGGCCUCAAUGGCCUUUGACCGUCAUGCAGCAGUGUGUAAACCCCUGCAUUACACCACAACCAUGACAAAUACUAUGUGUGUCCUACUGGUCACUGGCUCCUACAUUUGUGGACUCUUUCAAUCUUCCAUCCAUGUUUCCUUCACUUUCCAUCUCUCCUUCUGUCAUUCCAAUGUGGUCAAUCACUUCUUCUGUGACAUUCCCCCACUCUUGGCUCUUUCUUGCUCUGAUAUUUACACAAAUGAAAUUGUCCUCUUCACAUUGGCAGCAUUCAAUGUCUUUUUCACUCUCUUGGUUAUCCUGAACUCUUAUCUUUUUAUUUUUGUUGCCAUCUUGAGGAUGCAUUCAGCUGAGGGACAGAAGAAGGCCUUCUCCACCUGUGCAUCCCACCUCACCACUGUGUCUAUCUUCUAUGCAACAAUCAUCUUUAUGUACUUGCAGCCAAAUUCCAUCCACUCCAUGGACACAGACAAAAUCACAUCUGUGUUCUAUACCAUGGUCAUUCCCAUGCUGAAUCCUCUGGUCUACAGCCUGAGGAACAAAGAGGUCAAGAAUGCAUUCAGGAAGGUUGUUGGAAAAGUGAAGUCUUCGUUGUGCUUAGCCUAUUAA